GUUCAGAUCUUGCUUUAUUUAACUUCCAUCCUCUCUGCUGCUUUCUGUCUUUCUACUAGGAUGGAGACCACUGUUUUGACAAGUCUAAGCAAUGAUAAUAUGGCUGACAAGGAUGAGUGCAGUGGUCAUAUAAAUCACAGUGUUUUUCCAAGCAAUGGUUGUAUGAAUGAUAAGGAUUUUCUAAGCUGUAAGGACUUACCAAGUAAUGGUAGUCACAGUUAUUUGAGCAAGCCAUUAGACAUUGAAGAGUUCAGAAAACAUGCUCAUACAAUGGUGGACUUUAUAGCCGAUUAUUACAAUAAAGUAGAGAGCUUACCAGUUCUCAGCCAAGUAAAUCCUGGAUAUUUAAGCUCUUGGAUUCCUGAUUGUGCUCCACAAAAUCCUGAUUCUGUAGAAAGUCUUUUUGCUGAUGUGAAAGAGAAGAUGAUUCCUGCAUUGACACACUGGCAAAGUCCCAACUUUAAUGCAUAUUUCCCUUCAGGGUUUAGCACUGCAUCAUUUCUAGGGAAGAUGUUGAGUAGUGGGUUUUCUAUUAUCAAUCUGCAUUGGAUGACAUCGCCUGCUGCCACUGAGCUUGAAACUAUAGUCUGUGAUUGGCUUGGAAAAAUUCUCAACCUCCCUGCCUCUUUUCUCUCAUGUUCUGUUCAGAUUGGAACAUCAUCAUCAACAAGUGUGGAUCCUUUACAAGGACUACCUCAAAUAACUCGGGAACGACAGUGGUUGCAUGUGGAUGGUGCUUAUGGUGGUUCUGUUCGCAUUUGUCAUGAGUACCAACAUCAUCUUGUGGGAAUAGAUGAUGCAGACUCCUUUGUCAUAAAUCCUCGUAAAGGCCUUUUUACUAACCUUGAUUGCUCUGUACUUUGGCUAAAGAAUUUGGUGGAAGCAUUGUCAAUGAAUCGAAAAUAUUUGAGAAACAAGGUAUCAGACGCUAAACAAAUGAUAGAUUAUAAAGAUUGGCAAAUACCACUUGGAAGUCGGUUUAGGUCAUUAAAGUUAUGGAUGGUAUUACGUUUUUAUGGAAUUUCACAACUUCAGACAUUAUCAGAUAUCGAAUUUCUCUUGCUCGACAUUUAA